UAGCAUGCUUCCACUUAGUUGAGCACAUGCAAGCCAAAACCUUGUUCGGCAAUAUCCAGCGCUCGUCUGAUGAACUCACCACUGGUUCAGCCCUCCACUAGCAAUCCUGUCCGUCCGUCGCUGCCAGCAUACCGCAUCGCAUGCGCUUUCGCACCGAAGAAGGUGCGGACAUUCCUGACGCCUUCGUUGAUCGCCGCAUGCCUCGCGAAGGGCAUCGAACUCGUCCCUGUCGAUCCUUUCCAGAACCUUCUCGAGUAUCAGAAUAGUAGCGAGGAAAACGAUAUUGCCGCCGAUCAUGGGGUCCCGCAGAAAGCGCCGUAUGAUGCGGUGCUGCAUAAGGUUCUCACAGCGGAGUGGGCUGAUCAGCUGCGAAUCUUAGCUGCGCGAUUCCCUACUCUCGCUGGGCGAAUCGUGGACCCGCCAGAGAGAAUCGCUCGCGUGUGCGACCGCGCUUCUAUGCUCCAAGGCCUUCUUCCUGAUGCUGACACGUCUCAGGCCACUGAAGGCUGGAAGUUGGCAGGGAAAGAGAAGUCAGCAGCUGGAGCGGAAAGGACGGGAGGUGCGGAAAGAGGUGAAGGCGAAGGAGAGGGGCGGUGGUGGGAGAUAGUACCGGGGUACUAUGUGUGUGUGCCGCAGCAGACGGUGCUCACUGUGAGCGAGCUAAGCCGGCUAGCAGGAAUCCAAGAUGGGCCGGGUGGUUCCUCGGCUCUGCAAGCAGUCCUGCAGAAUCAGGGUCUUUCUUUUCCUCUAGUGGCCAAACCAGUGGAGGCCAAUGGGAGCACGGCAUCUCACUCCCUCUCUCUUGUCUUCAACACGCAUGGCCUCUCUGCCCUCGCUCACUCCCUCGCUGCCAUACCCACCACCAUGACCUCCCCAGCCUCUGCUGCUGCUGCCGCCUCCACCAUGGCUUCCACCACUGCCGAUAUCCCAGCUCCUGCUGUAACCUGUGAAGAACCUUCCAUUGUCCUUCAGCAGUUCAUCAACCAUGGAGGUCGUCUCACAAAGCUCUAUGUUAUCGGCUCCUCCCUCCAUCUCAAUGCAAGGCUUCUGUUUCCCCUGGGUACUUACCCUUCUCUCAAGUAUCAAAUGCCCCUAUGACUGCCACUGUGCCUCAACCCUCUGAGCUUUCCAGCACUGCCAGCAUAACAAGCAGCAACGUAGACAGGGGUACCGAUGAACUUUGGCCCGGCCCUCUGCCUGAUGGCUUUGCAGACGCACUGGGAGAGCACUUGAGGAAGCACCUGGGUUUGAGGCUGUUCAAUGCAGAUAUCGUGCGCUCUGC